CUAAAACUUUGCACCUUCUAAGAACCUGCCUAUAGGCCAGUAAGAAUAUUCUUAGGAUCAUGCUGUAUAUCUUUUAAGCAUGUUCUUUAGAAGAAAUAUAGCAUGAUCCUAAGAAUAUUCUCACUGGAAGGUUUAAAAAACAUUCUUAGAAUAAAGUGUGCUAUCAGGGCUAUAGUGUAAUAAUUAUUGUAAUUUUAGGAACACUGGGUGUAGUUUCAUGCGAGAUGCAUUACGGUUGGACCUCACCCUCACUGCCAAUCCUCACCAAGGGCGAAUAUAUCAUCAGCAUGAGCGCAGAAGAAGGCUCCUGGUUGGUGAUAGCUCUUCUGCUUGGCACAAUAGCGGGAGCCAUAGCGACGGGACAGAUCGCCAACUUCAUCGGUCGCAAAACACUAAUCAUGUGGUCCGCACUUCCUUUGACCGCAGCCUGGUUGCUGAUAGCCUUCGGGAACACCGUCGAAUAUCUGUACGCAGCUCGAGUGGUGGCCGGCCUGGCAGUUGGAAUGUCGUUGUCGGUGGUGCCCAUGUAUUUGGGGGAGAUAUCGGAGACCGGUCAAAGAGGAACCAUCGCGUCCCUUUGCCCGGUGUUCAUAGUCGCAGGGCUGCUCCUCAUCAACAUACUGGGAAGCUUUUUGCCGAUCAAUCAAGCAGCCUUGGUGGCCACGUGUUUUCCCUUGGCGCUGCUUUCGACCUUCGCUUGGAUGCCCGAAAGUCCCACCUUUCUUUUGCUCAAGGGAAAAAGCGAAGAAGCCAAGGAGAGCUUGGUGAUGCUGGUCGGUGCUGACGAGGCACUUAGGGAGUUUCAAAGACUGCAGGGGGAAAUUAAAAAAUACAACGAGGAAGAAAAAAAACGGAAUUUUACUAGUUUGUUUAGGGAUAAAGCCAACAGAAAAGCCCUAAUAAUAGCAGUGGGAUUGAGAACAGUGCAGCAACUAUGCGGGACAACGGUGAUAACCUUUUACUGCAAAACAAUUUUCGAAGAAUCUCGCGACUAUUUAUCACCCAGCAUCUCCACAAUACUAUAUUUCCUGCUGCAAUUAAAAGUGGCCAUCAUAUCAUCCUUAAUUGUUGACAGGACUGGCAGAAGAACACUUCUGAUGAUAUCGGUGUCCGGCACAGCUAUCACCUUAUUAACAACCGGGUUUUAUUUACACCUCAAACAUCAAUCAUUUUACAACACCGAUCACAUCGGCUUUAUACCUAUUGUGUCUAUGUUUUUAUACGUAGUGUUUUUCAACAUAGGCCUGCGAACAAUACCGCUGGUAAUGCUGGGUGAAAUAUUUUCUUUCAACGUAAAAUCAGCGGCCGUCAGUUUUACGGCCAUUUAUUUCAAUUUACUAUCGAUAGCGAUAACGAAGUUUUUCUAUUUUACCUUGGAAUACGUCGGAAUGCAUGUUGCCUUUUAUACGUUCUCAUUUUUUUGCGUGGCGGGUUUGUGUUUUAUUUAUACGGUUAUUCCCGAAACAAAAGGGAAAACUUUGCAAGAAAUCCAGCGUCACUUAGCAGGCGAGGAAAUAACUCAAUCAAGAAAAACGGAACCGGUCGUACAUCAGUCGAUUAAAUUCAUAAAGGAGUGCAACUUACCGCACCAGUGA